GGGAGGAGGGGCUGGGGUCUGGACUCCCAGGUCUUUGAGCUGCUCCACUUCCCCAGGCAGCACUGUAGUGGCCCUCGUGCCCCCCGCCUCCCCGACACCCCUCCUCCUGGCACAGCUGGCAGGGGAGCUGGGCUCAUUCCCAGGAAUCCUGAAUGUCAUCAGUGGCCCUGCCUCCCUGGGGCCCGUCCUGGCCUCCCAGCCUGCAAUCCAGAAGGUGGCCUUCUGCGGAGCCCUGGAGGAAGGACGUGUCCUUCGUCGGAGCCUGGCGGGCAAGUGCGUGGAGCUGGGCCUGGCGCUGGGGAUGGAGUCGCUGCUGCUGCUGACAGACACAGCGGACGUGGACUCGGCUGUGGAGGGUGUGGUGGACGCCGCGUGGUCCGACCGUGGCCCGGGCGGCCUCAGGCUCCUCAUCCAGGAGUCUGUGUGGGAUGAGGUCAUGAGGCGGCUGCAGGAGCGGAUGGGGCGGCUUCGGAGUGGCCGAGGGUUGGAUGGGGCCGUGGACAUGGGGACCCGGGGAGCUGCAGCAUGUGACCUGGCCCAGCGCUUUGUACAUGAGGCCCAGAGCCAGGGUGCACAGGUGUUCCAGGCUGGCGAUGUGCCCCCAGAAAGGCCUUUCUAUCCCCCAACCUUGGUCUUCAACCUGCCCCCAGCCUCCCCCUGUGCCCAGGCAGAGGUGCCAUGGCCUGUGGUCGUGGCCUCCCCCUUCCGUACAGCCAAGGAGGCAUUGGCGGUGGCCAAUGGGACGCCCCGCGGGGGCAGCGCCAGCGUGUGGAGCGAGAGGCUGGGGCAGGCGCUGGAGCUGGGCUACGGGCUCCGGAUGGGCACCGUCUGGAUCAACGCCCACGGCCUCAGAGACCCUUCGGUGCCCACAGGUGGCUGCAAGGAGAGUGGGUGUUCCUGGCACGGGGGCCCCGAUGGGCUCUAUGAGUAUCUGCGGCCCUCGGGGACCCCCACUCAGGUGUCCUGCCUGUCCAAGAACAUGAACUAUGACACCUUUGGCCUCACUGUUCCCUCAACCCUGCCGGCUGGGCCUGAAAUCGGGCCCAGUCCAGCACCCCCCUAUGGGCUCUUCGUGGGGGGCCGUUUCCAGGCUCCUGGGGCCCGAAGCUCCAGGCCCAUCCAGGAUUCGUCUGGCAACCUCCAUGGCUAUGUGGCUGAAGGCGGAGCCAAGGACAUCCGAGGUGCUGUGGAGGCCGCUCACCAGGCUGCCCCUGGUUGGGCGGGCCAGUCCCCAGGGGCCCGGGCAGGCCUGCUGUGGGCCCUGGCGGCCGCACUGGAGCGCCGGAAGUCAACCCUGGCCUCCAGGCUGGAGAGGCAAGGAGUGGAGCUCAAGGCUGCCGAGGCGGAGGUGGAGCUGAGCGCGAGGCGACUUCGGGCAUGGGGGGCCCGGGCCCAGGCCCAAGGCCACACUCUACAGGUAUCGGGGCUGAGAGGCCCUGUGCUGCGCCUGCGGGAGCCACUGGGGGUGCUGGCUGUGGUGUGUCCGGACGAGUGGCCCCUGCUGGCCUUCGUGUCCCUGCUCGCUCCCGCCCUAGCCUGCGGCAACACUGUGGUCAUGGUGCCCAGCGCAGCCUGUCCCCUGCUGGCCCUGGAGGUCUGCCAGGACAUAGCCACCCUGUUCCCAGCGGGCCUGGCCAACGUGGUGACAGGAGACCAGGACCAUCUGACCCGCUGCCUGGCCUUGCACCAGGACGUCCAGGCCCUGUGGUAUUUUGGAUCUGCCCAGGUGCUCUUUGUUCUGUUUUGCCAUAUUCAGCAUCUCACACUUCCAACAGGCUCCUCCUUUUCUGGAAACAGCCCCGCCCUCUUAGAAUUCCUGUUGCUAAGGGGAGAAACUCCUUGACAAUAAGGUUCUGAGGCCCUGCCCUUAAGAUGCCAGUUACUAAGGAAGAGGCGGUCCUUAGCAACAAGGGCCUGAGAGCUGCCCAGCCCCAAGACCUCAUCUCAGUGGAGAGCUGAUGCUAAGGACCACACCCUAGAUUUGAAGGCCCAAAGUCUACUCUUUUUUUUUUUU